AUGGCUGGUCCAGAUGAGAUGUCAGAUGUCCAACCCACUGGCGUCAAACGGCCCUUGCUCGAUGUUGAAAGUCUACAGCGGAAGAAGUUCAAGACGGAAGAGCUGCCAUUGACCGCGGCGCAACACACUGCGAUUGAGGACCUACUGCACGCUUUUAAGAAGAAAGGAGGUUUUGAUAAUGUGCGCAAGAAAAUCUGGGCUGAAUUUCAUGACGGAGAAGCAAGAGCCGAGUUUACAAAGUUAUUGAUCGAAUUAGCAGAGUCGGAAAUAGAACGCGAACCGGAGCUUCUAUCCCGUGAACGAGGAAAAGCCGCGACAUUGAUAGAGGGUGCCGUCGAUCGGAGCGACGUCUACAAGAAAGCCGAAAAGCUUAUUGAUGCGCUGGCCUCAAAUCACCUGCAAUUCAUCUUAGAUUCUGUCAGGGACAUUCGCCGUCAGCAAGUCGGAGACGAGCUCGCUGCGAAAGAGGAGCAAGCCGGCAAUAAAACAGACGAGGAUUUCGCUGCGCAGAUAAGAGCUAAACGUGAGAUACGCGAACGAGAAUGGCAGGAGAUGGUGCGCAAACAGAGAGAACUUGAAGAGCAAGAAGCUCGUCGAAAGGCCGAAGAGGAACGCAAGAAGCGCGAGAUCGAACGCCAAAAGGAGGAGGAAGAAAGGGCAAGACGGAAAGAGCGUGAGGAGCAGCGACGUGCAGAGCGUGAGCGUCAGCGGGAAGAGGAACGGCGACUUGAAGAGCAACGAGAAAUGGAACGACAGGAAAGAUAUGAGCGCCGGAGACGAGAAGAGCGCGAAAGAUACCGUGACUGGGAUCGAUCUAGGGACCGUGAUCGCAGUCGAACCAGGGACAGAGACAGAGACAGAGACAGGGAUCGAGAGCGCGACUGUGACCGCCCUCGCUCAAUAGGCUACCGAUCACCGCGAUAUCGCGAUUCGAGGAGAGAGAAGUCCGCUACUCCGAAGGAGCCAACGCAGGCGCCUCCGCCGCCUCCACCGCCUCCUGUUGCCGUGGAUGAUAAGUCGCUGGAAGAGGCCGCUCUCCAACUGCUGCUUAAAGAAGGCGAGGAGCUUGCCGCUAAGGCGCGCCAGAAACCGGAAUUUGAUUUUGAAGAAGCUGAGGCCAUCGAGAACGGCCUUAAGCCCCCGCCGACUAAACCAAAAGGCGCAACAGAAUCGAGUCCGCCAGUCCGUCUGUCGAUGUGGACCAACGCCGAAGGCGAGACUCGACUGUUGAUGACCGUCAUCGCGCGCAUAGACGUGACGGCAGCCGGGAGCGCAGCCGCUCACGGAGAAGAUACACACCUCGCUUUGAUGAUGAUCGUCGACGGGAACGAUCCCGUGAUGCUUCUAGUCGCCCGCGUGAUCGUAACCCUGAUGAUAGAGUUGCCAUACGGGAUUUCAGAGCUAACCGAUAUGGCGACCGUAGCUACCGCCCUAACCGCAGAAGUAGGAGCAGGUCAACUGGUCGUGGUUAUGACCGGGACAGGGACCGCAGCAGGGGUCGAGAUCGCAGUGCUGAACGCGAGAAAGAUCGAGUACGAGAUCGCUCGCGUCCAACGGAUGAACGGGAACGAGAUCGUGAUCAUCGCACUCGUGAUCGCAGCAGAGAUCGAGAUCGAGAUAGAGACAGGGAUAGAGAGCGUGACAGGGACAGGGACAGAGAACGCGAAAGGGACCGGGAUCGGGAUCAUCGACGUCGCAGUUACUAUUCUCGGUCUCGUUCACGAGCUCGACGCGGACGAUCGCGCUCUGCCUCCCGCGCUAGAGAUCGAAACCAAGAUCGGACUCGAGACCGAGACCGAGACCGAGAUAGAGAGCGGAAUCGUGAUCAAGAACGGCAUCGAGACGGAGACAAAGAACAAGACCAAGGCCGGGUCCGAGAAGGAGACCGUAACGGUGAGCGGGGAAGAUCCAAGUCCCGCGUUCCGAAUCCCUCUCGAAAACCGUCUCGCUCGCGACGGCGUUCCCCCGGCACUCUUGACAUCGACCGCUAUGUGCCCCCAACGAGCCAUCGGAGCAGAUCCCCUCGAAGGCGGGUCCGAUCUCCAGAUCGCCCGGAGCGAGAUGAUCGUCGAGGGUUCGUGGAGAUUGAUCGGUACAUACCCGGCAGCGAGCGGGAACGUGAAAAGGCUCGAGACGGAGAGAAAGAGAAAGAGAAACCUAAAGAAAAAGAAAAUGAAGAAAGGAAAGACAAAGGCGUGGAGCUUCCUGAUCGCGGAGCGGAUGACCGCGGGGUACGGAAACUUAGCACCGGUCAAAGGAGAAGCAGGAGUCACGUUUGAGGAGCAUCAAACGGCUGCCGACUGA